AUGAGUGAUGAUGAUGAUGGUUUGAUGUUGAACUUUGCAGUGCCCGAGCCUGUCUCUUAUUCUACCACUUCUACAGCUUCCAUACCCCAAGGAGGACAUGUUAAAGUUAGUGGUGGACGAUGGAAAGACCGGAGAAAGUUACAAUUAUCACUUCAAGGAAGAGAAAAGCCAAAACCGAAACCAAAGGGGACGAAUAGUAUACCGAUAGACCAAGAAAGAGCACAGAAACGAAGAUUUGACCUGCCGAGAGGAGAACCAAAGGAUAGAAAACCGAGAACACAUCUAAAUGAUGGCUCAAACGAGUCUCAAGGUCAAUACAAGAAACCACGAGUGGAUAGAGGAGUUGGCAUUGGAAGCAGUGCAGACAAAAGAGAUCAAAGCGGUCAAAUGGGCAAAAGUGGUAAAGGUGGUAAAAAUGGUAAAGGCGGAAAAGAGGACUCAUAUGUGUCAUCAUUGUUUACAAAUAAUCAGUCAGCUGCCCCGGUACCAAAUGGCAACGAAGAAGAUAAUACUGGUGAGGCUGCAUCUAAAAAAAGUGAUAAAACAUAUGCACCAUCAAAUGCUCCAGUGAAAGGCGCGGCCACAUUCAAUGGGCUUGGACUCAAUGAUAAGUUAGUAAAACAUUUAACAGAAUAUUUACGAUACAAGUAUCCUACACAAAUCCAGAAGCAAGUCAUUCCUGAACUUCUUACGACUCAGCGUGAUGUAUUUGUUAAAGCACAAACGGGGUCAGGUAAGACAAUGGCGUUUACAUUACCAAUAUUCCACAAGCUCAUGGUGGAGGAGAAACAUCGGAUUGGAAGAGAAUCCGGGGUAUUUGCAAUGAUACUUGCACCAACAAGAGAAUUGGCUAAUCAAAUUUAUUCCGUGUUGGAGAAUCUCAAUCGAUGUUGCCCGUUUAUUGUUCCUGGUAUUGUUAUUGGUGGAGAAAAGAAAAAAAGCGAAAAAGCUAGGUUACGUAAAGGAGUUAAUAUUUUGGUUGGAACGCCUGGUCGUUUAAAGGAUCAUUUGGAGAAUACAAAAUCACUCGAUAUUAGCCAAAUCAGGUAUUUGGUGCUUGACGAAGGUGACAAGUUGGUCGAAUUGGGGUUUGAGGAAACAAUCACUAGGAUCACGCAGAUUAUUGAGGAAAGAUCACUGAUUAGAGAAACUAGCGAAAAAUGGCAAGGUUUGCCUACAAGGAGAAUUAAUAUGUUGUGCUCUGCCACGUUGCAGAACAACGUCAAAAAAUUGGGAAGCAUUAUUUUGGAUAAUCCAGAGAUGAUUUCAGUAGAUCGAGAAGUGGAGGGAACUAUUCUUUUUGAUGAUGGGGAAGACCAUAAUCAAAGUGGGCAAGCGGGUAGUGCCAACAAUGGACAACAUGAACACGAGUCUUUUGCACCUGAGCAAUUGAUACAAAAUGUGGUUGUUGUUCCACCUAAAUUGAGACUUGUUUCAUUGGAAGCGAAUUUGGUCAACAUUGCCAAAAAAAUCAAAAAAGAAGCAACAUCUUCCAGAAGUAUUGUUUUCUUUUCAUGUUCAGAUUCGGUGAACUACCACUUUGAAGUUUUUACCAGAGAUGGAAAAGCUUUUAAAAAAGUGAAGGAUGAGGAAUCAGGGGAAUCAAGAAGAGUACUUGUGGAUCCGGAAGAUGUUGCCGAAGAAGGUGCAGAGGUUGACCUAAGUGAAGUGACUGCUCCUCUUGUUAAUGACAAUACUAUAAUUUACAAAUUGCAUGGCUCAUUGCCUCAGCAAACAAGAACCAAUAUCCUUCAAAAUUUUAUAAAGGAUGAUCCAAAAUUUCCACACAAGGUUCUCUUUUGUACCGAUGUUGCAUCAAGAGGAUUGGAUUUGCCCAAUAUCUCAAAUGUUAUUGAAUACGAUGCUCCAUUCACAAUUGAUGACCAUUUGCAUAGAAUUGGUAGAUCCGCUAGAGUUGGUGCUCAAGGUAAUGCGACGCUAUUCUUGACUCCCGGUUUGGAAGAAGGAUACAUUGAUGCCAAGUUAAAAGUAGUUCAUCCACGUGCAGAGAAUCUUAGGCUCGUUAACUAUGAAAAACCACUUCAGCAGGCUUUUGCAGAAGACGACGGAGCUGGUUCUGGUAGUAAAAGAAAUAAGCAUAACAAGUUGGGCAAUUGGGAUGUCCAUGCUACUACAUGGCAUCUUGAAGUUGAACGGUGGUUACUAGAAGACUCCACAGCUUUAGCAAAAGCUAGUCAGGCAUUUACAUCACAUAUUAGAGCGUAUGCAACGCAUUUGUCAACUGAGCGGAAUUUUUUCAAUGUUAAGACAUUGCAUUUGGGCCAUUUGGCGAAAAGUUUUGGUUUAAGAGAAACGCCAAAAAGUUUGGGCAAGAGUGCAGGAAAGAAUAAUGAGACGAGCCAUGGAGAGUCUGCAAGAUCAAAAUUGAAAAAAGAGGAUCCACGAAAGAAGAUGUUGAGAAUGGCCAAAAUGGCAGUCAAUUCUGCAAGUAGCGAAUUUAACUAUUAA